UCUGCAGAUUUAAGAAAAUGUAGCUUUUUAUAAAGAAGCUGUUGUCAUUAUCAAUAGACAUUGAAUUGAUGAAAACAAGAAACAAAAAAUAUUAGUCACUUUCACGGAAAAAAGACCCGUAGAGUAGAAAAUCAAUAUGAAAUUUCGUUUUUGUGGUGAUUGUGACUGUCCAGAUUGGGUGUUGUCAGAAAUACAUUGCACUUUGUCAACUCUAAGCGCGAUAAAACUAAGAAUACUAGCAUCAGAAGUAGCCAAAAGUAUCAUUGAUGGUUGCAUGGGGAAUGAAGAAAAAAUCAAAGAUAUGUUUGAAUCGAGUAAUGAUGGAUUAAGAUCAGCAAAGUCAGCUAUUGCUUGUGUUCGAUUUUUAUUAAUAAAUGCAUCAGAGAAUAAUGCAGAUGAAGCAACAUUUAAUGAAGAAUUACAGCAGCUAGGGUUACCAAAAGAGCAUUCUUUAUCAAUAUGUCGAGUGCAUGCUGAAAGUGUUAAUCCUAUUAAGAAAAAAUUAUUGGAACAAAAAUUUAAUAUUAACGAGCUGAUUUCUGUAUCGGGGACGUUGAAUAAAGAUGCAAUAGAUUGUUGUGCUUUGGAGUUUAAAAUAAAAGAUGAAUUGCAUGAUGGAGUUCCAAAAGAUACUACACAUAAGAUAAAUAUUCAUAAAGCAGAUGUCACAAUACUACUGAAUAAUUUGAAAGAGAUGAGGAACCUUAUGGAUUCCUAUAAUUUUGAAAGGAAAUAUGAGGGUAGUGAAAAUAAUUAGGUAGUUUAAAAUAUAAUAUAAUUAAAAAAAAAAUUAUGUUGUUGAUCUCAGUAAGUUUAUUCGAAACUCGAAAUCACAUCCUAAAUCUAAAUAAAGGAAUUACAUAUACCCUACAUAAUAUAAAUGUUUGAUUUUGAGUCGAAAAAAAAUACAGAAAUUUUUUAUUCGUUGAACAAGAUGCAAAAUAUAAUGGUGAAAAUUCAAAAUUGUUUUAAAAUUGGACAAAUUUAUAGCGUUUUAAAAUAUUGUUUUCCUAUACUUACGGUUAAAUAGUAAUUGCAAUGUUAUCUGAUCAUUUGUUUUUAGUAUAUAAAUUCAUAUAUGAACUUUGACUAAAUUUUCACAACGGGGAUGUAGCUCAGAUGGUAGAGCGCUCGCUUAGCAUGUGAGAGGUACGGGGAUCGAUGCCCCGCAUCUCCAAUAUUUUUUUUUUUAUGGUAUUAACGAAAAAUAUUUUUGGUUAUUAUAUUUAUAAAUUAAAUAAUAAUCAAAGAUAAUUAUUUAAAAAUAUAUUUUGGCAUAUUAAUUAUGAAUAUAUUUUCUUAUCUACCUUAUAUUAAAAAUUAUUCAAAGUGAAUUACAAAUAGAUUUUUCAGUUGAAAUUUUUAUUUCAUUUUAAAAGAGAAUAAAGUAUUGUAAUAAAAUUAUAAUAUAGAAACAUUAAA